AGUGUGACAUCGAGCGGAAGUAAACAACACCAGCUCUUUGAACAGAGACAUGAUUUGUGUCGGUAUUGAAUUAACUUGUAGACAAUAUUGUGUUUGUAGCGAUGAGUUAAUGUGUUGAAGUUGUCACUAAGCAACAAUGUCUACAGUUGAGACUUUGAGACAGUUUGUCAGCGAGCGACUGACUGCUGCUGCUGAAGAAAUAUUCGGAGUUUUGGAGAAAACUCUCGUCGUGUACGAGGACGAGAUCGAUCGUCAGCGGAAACUGCUGGAUAUCUUCUGGAAACCCCAAAUAAAGUUACACAGGAUAGAGCUCCAACUACAGCAUGUUUGUAAGGAGGAGGAGGUUCUUGCCGGCCAGACGCUCAUUAUUCAGGAGAGGAACUCUGGUCCGGACCAAGAAGACCCAGAUCCUCCACAGAACAAAGGAGAACAGCAGGAACUCUGCACCGGUCAGGAGGGAGAGCAGCAGGAGACUGAUGCCCUUAUGUUGACUCCUACUCCUGAGGAAAGUGACCAUGAUGAAGCUCAGACUGUUAACUUGAGUAUCGAUGAAACUCAGAGUGCGGUGAAGGAGAUGUCUGCUGAGAGCCAAGAUCAGAACGGAGGCCAGCAUCGGGACUCAGGAUCAGCUAGAAGUACAGAGCCACCACUAAAGAGGAGACUUCACGAAAACAGAAGUCACAGUAACAAUGUAAACAAUGCUGACAUGUCAGAGAUUCAGCGUAGAACUCAGACAGAGCUCCAACAGCAGCAUGUUUGUAAGGAAGAGGAGGUUCUCGCCGAUCAGCCGCUCAUUAUUCUGGAGAUAAAAUCUAGUCUGGAACAAGAAGACCCAGAUCCUCCACAGAACAAAGGGGAACAGCAGGAACUCUGCACCGGUCAGGAGGGAGAGCAGCUUGUCUUGGAGCAGGAGACUGAGGCCCUUAUGUUGACUCCUACUCCUGAAGAAAGUGACCAUGAUGAAGCUCAAACUGUGAACUUCAGUAUCGAUGAAACUCAGAGUGCGGUGGAGGAGAUGUCUGCUGAGAGCCAAGAUCAGAACGGAGGCCAGCAUCUGGAUUCAGGAUCCGCUGGAAGUACAGAGCCACAACUAAAGAGGAGACAUCGCAAAAACAGAACUCACAGUAACAAUAUAAACAAUGCUGACAUGUCAGAGAUUCUCCGUAGAACUCAGACUCGUACAAAGCCUAUUGAAUGUGACACAUGCAGGAAAUGUUUUAAGAAUGACUACUUAUUGAAGUCACACAUGAGCGUCCACACAGAUGAGAAGCCAUAUUCUUGUAAAACAUGCGGGAAAGAUUUCAGGAAUAAUGCACGAUUGAAGGUCCACAUUAGAACCCACACAGGUGAGAAGCCAUACCUUUGCAACACCUGUGGGAAUAGAUUUAUUAACCAAAGGACACUGACCCGUCAUAUAAGAACCCACACAGAUGAGAAGCCAUAUUCUUGUAAAACAUGUGGCAAAGGUUUCAGAAGAAAAGCACACUUGACAGUCCAUAUGAGAACCCACACAGGUGAGAAGCCGUACAUGUGUAAAACAUGCGGCACAAAUUUUAUGCGUAAAGAUGAAUUGAAAGUCCACAUGAGAACCCACACAGGUGAGAAGCCGUAUUCUUGCAAGACAUGCGGCAAAGAUUUCAGGAGUAAUGCACCCUUGACAGUCCACAUGAGAAGCCACACAGGUGAGAAGCCGUACACUUGUAAAACAUGUGGCAAAUGUUUCAGGCUCAACGGAGAUUUAAAUGCCCACACGAGAAUCCACACAGGUGAGAAGCCGUACACUUGUAAAACAUGUGGCAAAGAUUUCAGGCAAAAUGGACAAUUGAAAGUCCACAUGAAAAUCCACACAGGUGAGAAGCCGUACACUUGUAAAACAUGUAGCAAAAAUUUCAGGCUAAAUGGAGAUUUUAAAGCCCACAUGAGAACCCACACAGGUGAGAAGCCUUAUUCUUGCAAAACAUGUUGCAAAUGUUUCACACGUAACGAUCAGUUGAGAGUCCACAUGAGAAGAGACCACACUGAUGAGAAACAGCACAAGUGAAGAGCCACAUCAUUAAAGUUCUUGUAGAAAUGUUCUUUUUUCUUAAAUCCCAUUCUUGAAAAAAGAUUUGAGGAUUGUGCUGAAAUAGCUCCAUCAAACAUGAGAUGUCAGCAUCUUUUUGUAACGUUUUCCUUUUCAUGACAUUGUUAUUUCCAUGUCUGUUUUCAAAAAGUGUUUUUUUAAAACAACCAUAAUCUCUUAAAUCAAGUAAAACAUUAGUUUCACAGUGAGUGCACAGGUGUUGCUGUUACAGUCAUGAUUUGAUCUGGAUGGUUGUUGUUUCUGCCAAAUGUCCAUUUACAAUGUUGGAAUUGCUUUUUGUUUGAAGUUGAACAAGACAAGAUCAAAUCCAUGUUCUACAUAUAAUAUUUCAUGGUAAUAUAUAAAGCCUUUCACACUACCGACCGACGAGCAUCACUAUUUUGUUUUUAAAAUUUUUAAAGAAAUCUUAUGAAAUCUAACUUCUUUUUUCUAUUUUGAUAAAUCAACCCAUUUAUGUGUCUGACCAAAAUUCUGUCAAUUUUAUCUCUAUGAAUGAUAAUUUUUGUACCAUCAAGUUUUUCCCUGUAGUAGAACUAAUAAAGGAAUAUCUUAUGUUGUCUUAA